UGGCCAGGUCGGGAACACCCCGGAAGGGGGGAGGGAUAUUUCCUUGUCCUGCGGCGGGGUGGGACGUGUCGGGGGCCAGCUCACCCCGCGGGGGACUCUCCAAAAUGCUCCGCCUGGUUCCCGUCCGGGUCUCGUGUUUACAAACCCCCAGGACAUCCCGCCUGCUCCCGAGCCCCUGAAACCACCCCCUGGCCCUGAGCGCCAGGUGUCAGUAACCGGAGGCGAAAAGUCUGAAAAGGAGCCAAGAGUUGGGCUUUUAUCUGCCAUUUCAAAGCAAAACACAGCGUGGAAACGCCAGGAGGCCCCGUUGUUUCGAGGGGAAAGCUUUUGGUUGAAGAACUGACCUGUUGAGGGGCUCCUGGGUGUUGUGCCUUUCCAGGUCCCAUGCGGAUGAGGAGCCCAGAGCUCGAUGCCCCCUCUGUCCGGUGACCGGUGCUCUGUGACGGUGACGGGAGACGUCUGCCAGAGGCCCGCAGGAUGCAGAGCGCCCAACACCGCUUUCAGGCCAUACCAGUUGCCCUCUGCCUCCUCCUGGGCAUUGGGACAGCAGCCCCAGAGUCAUUCCAUGUGCUGGGUCCCGCCAGCCCCGUCUCCGCCCCGCUGGGGGGCACUGUGCUGCUGCCCUGCCACCUCUCUCCCGCACUCAGUGCCCAGGCCAUGCAGGUGAAAUGGAGCCGUCCCCAGCUGGGCCAGGAUGUCCACGUGUACCUGCCGGACGGGAGCGAGGUACAAGGAACGGGCUACCAGGGCAGGACAGAGCUCGUCAUCCAGGGCCUGGCCAACGGGAAUGUCUCCCUGAGGAUCCGGGACAUCCAGCUGUCAGACGAAGGGCAACACUUGUGCGAGGUCCAGUCACCUACUCACUACAGCACGGCCCUGCUGGAGCUCAGCGUGACAGGCUCUGGCUCAGACCCCGUCCUGCACAUGGCUGGGCACAAGGACCUGGGGGUGUGGGUCUUGUGUCUCUCUGCGGGGUGGUACCCGGAGCCCCGCGUGAUCUGGAGGAAUGGCCGCAGGGAGACCCUGAGCCCCGAGUCUGAACAGAAACCGCGCAGUGACAACGGCCUAUUCAACGUCUCCAGCUCCUUGGUGGUGACUGAGAGCUCGGACCCAGCACUGACCUGCACUGUCAGAGCCGGCUUCUCCGGCCCAGAGAGAGAGACAACUAUUCGUAUCACAGGGCUCUUCCCCAGGCUUGCCCCGGAAAUGACAGCCUUUCUCAUCUUUCUACCAGUAUCUGUUUUCCUCGUGACUUUGGCUGUUUAUCUUUUCCGAAAGCUCCGGGUACUCAAAGAGGAGGUGUCCAAAGAGCGCGAGGAGGUGUCCAAAGAGCGCGAAUGGAGACAAUUUCUUGAUAAAGUGUCCCUGUCAGCAGCAGAUGUGACGCUGGACCAGAACACUGCCAACCCCUUCCUGGUGCUCUCAGUGGACAGCAGGAGUGUGACGUGCGGCAUCCUCUGGCAAGACGUCCCCAAGAGUGACCAGAGAUUUGACCCCCUCCCCUGCGUCCUGGCCUCCCAGUGCUUCGCAGCCAGGCAACACUACUGGGACGUGGAGGUGGGCCGGUGGGGUGACUGGGCCAUCGGGGCAGCCCUGGGCACCAUGGAGCGCAUGGGGGUGUUCCGGCUGUCCCCGGAUGUGGGGGUCUGGGCCCUGCAGUGCCAGGAGGGGGAGUGGAGUGCUCUCACCUGCCCCGAGACCCCGCUGCAGCUGGAGUCAGCACCCAGGAUAGUCCGGGUGCACCUGGACUGCGAGCGGGGGAGCCUGGCCUUCUACAACGCCGAGGGCAUGUCACACAUCUUCACCUUCACCGGCUGUUCCCGGAAACCUCUCUUCCCCUUCUUCUUGCUCUGGACCUCUGGGACUCAGCUGACCAUACUAUGUCCGGGGCAGAGAAAGGCCAUGCAGAUGCACAGGACAACAUGUACAGUAACACCCAAACUGGGGAAAAGGCAGGGCAGUCUUAUAGAACUUCUGAUCAUGCCAGGGCAGAGUUAAGGGUGUUUGGCUGGGAAUUCCCUUGCGUUCAAAGGGGCAAAAUUAAGAGUGUUAAAUUCCUUUGUCUUCCAAGGGGCAGAGUUAAGGGUUUUAACCAGGAAUUUCCUUGCAAAGGGACAGUGUUACGGAUGUUUGCCCAGGGAUUUCCUUUCUUUCAAAUAGCUGCUUGAUUAGAAUUGAAUUGUUAAUUUACAUGGCGAUGCUGAACAGAGUUAGAUCGUGUCUGCUUUUGGCAGUUGGGUGAUCCUCUGACUUUUGUAUUGUGCCUUAAAACAUCUGCCCAAAAUAGUUAUUACUGAAUGAACCUAUUUUACUGAGGGCUUAGAACUUACCUAUUUUUUAAAAGGCAUGUUUUAUUUCAAUAUUUGAACCAAUUUUGGCUACAGCCAGGGAACCAGGCACAAUCAGACUUUCCUGUGGAGAUGCAACUACUACUCAGUAUUACCAGCCAGCAAAACUCCAAAGCUUAAAUGUUUACACAGGAAACUUUAUAUGUAAACUUGUUUCAUUUUUCCCUGGAACCAACCUAAGUCUACAUAAGGGUAUUUAACUGUGAAAUUAACAUUGA